UUGAAUUUUUUUUCCACAUAAAGCUUCCAAAAACACCAACGAAAAUACAAAGAACAGAAAGAAGAUGGCAACAUCUUGAGAAGGGGCAAUAAAGUCAAUUACACCAAAAUCAAUCACAACCUCGCUUACAAUUCACAAAUCACAAUAAAAAUAUCCACUCCAAUUUCCUAAAUCCAAUAAUUUCUCCAAACCCCAUUACGCCAUUUAUUGACAGCUUCAUUCAUUACAAAAGGAAGAAUUUAAUUUUUUAAAAAGAGAAAAGCUCCCAAGUCCCAACUCCCUCUUCAAACAACUUCAAACUCCUCCACCGCCACCGCCACCGCCACCGCCACCACCGCGAUGAGAACGAGCAACCACCUAAUCGGGUUCCUGAACUUCCUGACGUUCCUGCUGUCAAUCCCGAUUCUGGGCGGAGGCAUCUGGCUGAGCACCCGCGCCAACAACACCGACUGCGUGAAGUUCCUGCAGUGGCCCAUCAUCAUCAUCGGCGUCGCCAUCAUGGUGGUCUCGCUCGCGGGUUUCGCCGGCUCCUGCUACCGCAACAACUUCCUCAUGUACCUCUACCUCUGGGCCAUGUUCUUCAUCAUCGCCGCCCUCAUCGGCUUCAUCGUCUUCGCCUACGCCGUCACCGGCAAGGGCUCCGGCCAGCCCGUCAUGAACCGCGCCUACCUCGACUACUCCCUCCACGACUACUCCGGCACCUGGCUCGCCGACCGCGUCACCAGCCGCUCCUACUGGUCCAACAUUCGCUCCUGCAUCAGAGAUUCCCAUGUUUGCGGCAAGAUGGCCAGGAACGUCAAUGGAGUCCCUGAAACUGCCGACAACUUUUACCGCAGAAAACUUUCCCCUAUUCAGUCUGGAUGCUGCAAGCCUCCCACAUCAUGCGGCUACGUAUACAUGAACGAGACGUAUUGGGCGCCCGGAGCAGGGCUCAUGGGGACUGAUCCCGACUGUUUGAGGUGGAACUACAACGAUCAGGAGCAGCUCUGCUACGACUGCGACUCCUGCAAGGCGGGUGUGCUAGCGAGCUUGAAGAAGAGCUGGAGGAAGGUCUCCGUCAUCAACAUUGUCAUACUCAUCAUCCUCGUCAUAGUGUACUGCGUCGCCUGUGCGGCCUUCAGGCACAACAAACGUAUCGACAACGACGAGCCCUAUGGAGAGACCCGGAUGGAGAAGUCGCAGCCGAGCAGGAUACACUUCUGAUUGAGGCACAAGGUGAAUAUCUAAGAUUUUCAAGAAAUUAAACAGUGUGGGAUUUUCUGUUUCAUUUUUCAGUGUUUAGUAGAUGAUGGGAAAUGACUUGGUAGUUCUGUUUUGAAAGGAAAUAUCUUGUAUAUUUUUGUAUUA